GGCACAGGGCGCCCGGCGCGCCUCGGAGCGCACGUCCCGCGCCUUCUCCGCCCGCUCGCUGGGCAUUAUGCGGCCGAGCGGCCGAGCCCCAGCCCCGCUCCUCCGGUUCCUCCCGCGGCCCGAGCGGCUCAGCUCUCGGCAGGCGGCAGCGUUGCUCUGCUGCGCGCAGACGGGACCCUCGCCGCGAGACCUCAGCGACUCCUGAAGUCAGAAGUCGUUGGCCGGCGCUGGCCCCGCGCUCUCCGCGGCAGACGCCUCGAUCCCCGCGCAGCCAGGGCGGAAGGGAGCGGAGCGGGGUGGGAGGUGGGAGCACCAUGCAGCUUGUGUCCUGGGCCGCGCUGCUAAUGCUCCUGGCGCGGGACUUGGCUGAGACGCGGAGCCCUGACGCCGCGGCCGCCGUGCGCAAGGACAGGCUGCACCCGAGGCAAGCGAAAUUACUGGAGACCGUGAGCGAGUAUGAAAUCGCGUCUCCCGUGCGAGUGAACGCGGCCGGAGAACCUUUUCCCACAAACGUGCACUUCAAAAGAAGGCGACGGAGCAUUGACUCUGCCUCUGACCCCUGGCCCGCCUCCUCCUCCUCCUCCUCCUCCUCCUCCUCCGCCUCCUCCCCGGAGCAUUACCGCCUCUCUGCCUUUGGCCAACACUUUCUAUUUAAUCUCACCGCCCAUGCCGGAUUUAUCGCUCCACUGUUCACUGUCACUCUGCUCGGGGUGCCCGAGGUGAACCACACUAAAUUUUAUUCCGAGGAGGAAACUGAACUCAAGCACUGUUUCUACAAAGGCCACGUCAAUACCAAGACGGAGCACACGGCCGUCAUCAGCCUCUGCUCGGGCAUGCUGGGCACAUUCCGGUCCCAUGAUGGAGAUUACUUUAUUGAACCACUGUUGUCUGUGGAUCAAGGAGAGAAUGAAGAAGAGCAGAACAAGCCCCACAUUAUUUAUAGGCGCAGCAUCCCCCAGAAGGAGCCCUCCUCGGGAAAGCACACCUGUGACACCUCAGAACACAGAAGCAGUCGUAGGAAAGACAAGAGGAAAACUGGCAGGAGGAGAUGGGGAGGCACCAGUGGGCUGGCGGCUGACCUGGCAGCCCUGGAGAACGGGCUGGCUGGCAAGGUGGUCUCCGCCUUCGGGAACAGGACCGACAGCGCUGCGGACAGGAGGACCCACAGACGGACCAAGCGCUUUCUGUCGUACCCACGGUUUGUAGAAGUCAUGGUGGUGGCGGACAAGAAAAUGGUCUUGUACCAUGGAGCAAACCUUCAGCACUAUGUUUUGACCUUAAUGGCCAUUGUAGCUUCUAUCUAUAAAGACCCAAGUAUUGGAAAUCUAAUUAAUAUUGUUAUUGUGAACUUAGUUGUGGUUCAUGAUGAACAGGAAGGACCUCUCAUAUCUUUCAAUGCGCAGACAACGUUAAAGAACUUCUGCCAGUGGCAGCAUUCGCAAAACUACCCAGGCGGGACCCGGCAUGAUACUGCUGUGCUCAUUACAAGACAGGACAUCUGCAGAGCUCACGACAAGUGCGACACCCUAGGUCUCGCUGAACUGGGAACCAUCUGCGACCCCUACAGAAGCUGUUCCAUCAGCGAAGACAACGGCUUGAGCACAGCUUUCACCAUUGCCCACGAGCUGGGCCACGUGUUUAACAUGCCUCAUGAUGACAGCAAUAAAUGCAACGAGGACUCGAAGGGCAUACAGCACGUCAUGUCCCCCACCUUGACCAUCAACUCCAACCCCUGGGUGUGGUCAAAGUGCAGCCGAAAAUACAUCACUGAGUUUUUAGACACUGGAUACGGCGAAUGUUUGCUCAACGAACCUGAAUCCAGACCCUACCCCUUCCCGCCCCAGCUGCCAGGCGUCUUUUACAGCGUAAAUAAACAGUGUGAAUUGAUUUUUGGACCAGGCUCUGAGCUGUGCCCAUACAUGGUGCAGUGCAGACGGCUCUGGUGUGACACGAACAGGAAAAGCUGCCAGACGCUGCACACCCCCUGGGCCGACGGGACAGAGUGCGAUCCUGGAAAGCACUGCAAGUUCGGGUUUUGUGUUCCCAAAGACAAGGAGGCCCCCAUGGUUGAUGGAGCCUGGGGAAGCUGGAGUUCCUACGGAAGCUGCUCCCGAACGUGCGGCGGGGGCAUCAAGACGGCCAUUCGCGAGUGCAACCGGCCAGCGCCAAAAAAUGGUGGAAAGUACUGCGUGGGGCGCAGAAUGAAAUUCAAGUCCUGCAACACCGAGCCAUGCUUCAAGCAGAAGAGGGACUUCCGGGAGGAGCAGUGCGCGCACUUUGAUGGGAAGCACUUUAACAUCAACGGCCUGCUCCCCACUGUGCGCUGGGUCCCCAAAUACAGUGGAAUUUUGAUGAAGGACCGGUGUAAGCUGUUCUGCAGAGUGGCGGGGAGCACCGCCUACUAUCAGCUCCGAGACAGAGUGAUAGACGGAACUCCCUGUGGCCAGGACACGAAUGAUAUCUGCGUCCAGGGCCUUUGCCGGCAAGCUGGAUGCGAUCAUGUUUUAAACUCGAAAGCCCGGCGAGAUAAGUGUGGAGUUUGUGGCGGCGAUAAUUCUUCCUGCAAAACUGUGGCGGGGACAUUUAAUACUGUACAUUAUGGUUACAACACUGUGGUCCGAAUUCCAGCUGGUGCUACCAAUAUCGAUGUGCGACAGCACAGCUUCUCAGGGAAGCCGCAGGAUAACAACUACUUAGCUUUAUCAAGCAGCAAGGGUGAAUUCUUGCUAAAUGGGGACUUCGUUGUCACAAUGUCCAAAAGGGAAAUCCGUGUCGGGAGCGCGCUGAUUGAGUACAGCGGGUCUGACCACGUAGUAGAAAGGAUCAACGCCACUGACCGCCUUGACCAAGACCUUCUGCUGCAGGUGCUGUCCGUGGGGGAGUUGUACAGCCCCGACGUACGCUACUCCUUCAGCAUCCCGGUCGAAGGCGGGCCGCAGCAGUUUUACUGGAACCGCUUCGGACCCUGGCAAGCGUGCAGCAGGCCCUGCCAAGGGGAGCGGAGAAGAAGGCCCAUCUGCACCAGGGAAUCUGACCAGCUUCCUGUUUCUGAUCAAAGAUGUGAGCGGCUGCCACAGCCGGGGCCCAUCACGGAACCCUGCGGCCUGGACUGCGACUUGAGGUGGCAUGUGGCCGGCAGGAGCGAGUGCAACGCCCAGUGCGGGCCGGGCUACCGCACGUUAGACAUCUACUGUGCCAAGUACAGCAGGCUGGAUGGGACGGUCGAGCAGGUGCACGAGAGCUUCUGCAGCAGUCACCCCAGACCAAGCAGCCAGGAGAAGUGCUCAGGAGAGUGCAGCACGGGCGGCUGGCGCUACUCGGCAUGGACGGAGUGUUCUAAGAGCUGUGACAGCGGAAGCCAGAGGAGACGGGCUGUUUGUGUGAACACCCAAAAUGACGUCCUGGACGACAGCAAAUGCGCCCACCAGGCAAAGGUUACCACUCAGAGGUGCAACGAGCUCCCUUGUCCGCAGUGGAGAUCGGGAGACUGGUCAGAGUGCCUGGUCACCUGCGGCAAGGGCCAUAAGCACCGGCAGGUCUGGUGUCAGUUCGGUGCAGAUCAAGUGAGCGACAGGAUCUGUGACCCCGAGGCCAAGCCUGUGUCCACACAGACGUGUCAGCAGCCGGAGUGCGCAUCCUGGCAGGCGGGACCCUGGGGACAGUGCAGCGUCACCUGUGGCCAGGGCUACCAGCUGAGAGCAGUGAAGUGCAUCAUGGGGACGUACAUGGCGGGCGUGGAUGACAGCGCCUGCAACGCGGCCACUCGGCCAACCGACUCCCAGGACUGCGAGCUGCCGCCUUGUCAUCCUCCCGCUGUGGCCCCGCAAACAAACAGAGGCUCCCAUGGCAUGCCACGGACCCAGUGGCGAUUUGGGUCCUGGACUUCAUGCUCGGCCACCUGUGGGAAAGGCACCCGCAUGCGGUACGUCAGCUGCCGAGAUGAGGAUGGCUCCGUGGCCGACGAGAGCGCCUGUGCCGGCCUGCCCAGACCAGUGGCGAAGGAGGAGUGCUCGGUCACGCCUUGCGGGCAGUGGAAGGCCUCAGACUGGAGCACGUGCUCCGUGACAUGCGGGCAAGGCAGGGCCGUCCGGCAAGUGGAGUGUGUCAACUACAGCGACCACGUCGUGGAUCAGAGCGAGUGUGACCUGGACUACAUCCCAGAGACAGAACAGGACUGCUCCAUGUCACCGUGCCCGCACUGGACCCCCAACAGAGACUUGGCUUCCUUCCCCUUCCAAAACGAGGACUUCCGGCCCCGGGGCCCCAGCCCAAGCCGCACCCAUGUGCUGGGAGGAAACCAGUGGAGGACAGGCCCAUGGGGAGCGUGCUCCAGGCCCUGCGGGGGUGGUGUGCGGUCACGGCAGGUGGUCUGCCAGCGGCCUGGUGGCCAGCGUGUCCCCGACCUGAGCUGCGACGUGCUGGAGAAGCCCCCGGACCGCGAGCCGUGUGGGGCCCCCACCUGUCCUGAUGCUGCCUGGAGCGCCGGCCCCUGGAGCCCGUGCUCUGCCUCUUGUGGUCGAGGGCAUAAGCAGCGAAGUGUUUACUGCAUGGCAAAGGAUGGAAGCCAUUUAGACAGUGAUCACUGUAAGCACCGUGCUAAGCCACACGGGCUCCGGAGGUGCCGAGGAGGCCGGUGCCCCCGCUGGAAGGCUGGCGCGUGGAGUCAGUGCUCUGCGUCCUGCGGCCCAGGUGUACAGCAGCGGCAGGUGGCCUGUCAGAUUGGAGCGCAGGAAGCCGCCAGCGAGAGCAAGUGCGACCCGGUCACCAGGCCCGAGGUGCAGCGUGCCUGCCAAGCUCCACCGUGCCCGCUGCACGCCUGGAGGGCAGAGCAGUGGCAAGCAUGCUCCAAGACCUGCGGCGAGGGCUCCCGCUUCCGCCAAGUGGUGUGUGUGGACGAGGCCCAGGACGAGGUUCACAGCAGUCUCUGCAGUGCCAGCCAGCGGCCCCCGGACCACGAGAGCUGCAGCCUGCAGCCCUGCGAGUACAUCUGGAUCACGGGAGAGUGGUCGGAGUGCUCAGUGACCUGUGGAAAGGGCUACAAACAGAGGCUGGUCUCCUGCAGCGAGAUUUACACCGGCAAGGAGAACUACGUGUACAGUUACCAGACCUCGGCCCACUGUCCAGGCACACAGCCUCCCAGUGUCCAGCCCUGCUACCUGCCAGAAUGCCCUGUCUCUGCCACUUGGAGAGUCGGCAACUGGGGCAGCUGCUCAGUGUCGUGUGGUGUCGGCGUGGCACACAGGUCUGUGCAGUGUUUAACCAACGAGGGCCAACCCAGCCACUUGUGUCCCCCUGAUCUGAAACCAGAAGAACGGAAAACCUGCCACAGCACCUACAACUGCGAGCUGCCCCAGAACUGCCAGGAGGUCCGAGACCUGGCUGGGACCAGUGAAGACGGCGAAUAUUUCCUGAUCGUUAGAGGAAAGCUCCUAAAGAUAUUCUGUGCAGGGAUGCAGUCCAGCCGCCCCAAGGAGUAUGUGACACUCGUGCACAGCGACUCUGAGAAUUUCUCCGAGGUUUAUGGACACAGGCUGCACAACCCCACAGAAUGUCCCUACAACGGAAGCCGUCGUGACGACUGCCAGUGUCGGAAGGGCUACACAGCCGCUGGGUAUUCCAGCUUCCAGAAAAUCAGGAUCGACCUGGGCAGCAUGCAGAUCAUAACUACCGACUUACAGUUUGCGAGGACAAGCGAAGGCCAUCCUGUCCCUUUUGCGACCGCCGGGGACUGCUACAGCGCUGCCAAGUGCCCCCAGGGCCGCUUCAGCAUCGACCUCGCGGGCACUGGCCUGGCUGUAACGGAGUCUGCGCGCUGGGUGUCGCAGGGUAACUACGCCGUGUCUGACAUCAAGAAGUCACAGGACGGCACCCGCGUCGUGGGGAAAUGUGGCGGUUACUGCGGGAAGUGCACGCCGUCCUCGGGCACUGGCCUGGAGGUGCGGGUCGUAUAGCGCAGGUGGCUCUGAAGAAGGAGACUCACGGGAUGGAUGAAGGAUCGUGAUGCAAUAUACCUCCGCCUUACGUCGGGUGCGUGUGUGAGAGAGAGGCUGCGUGCAUGUGUGAGUGUGCGAGCGCGUGUGUACAUAUGCACAGAUAUAUAAAUAUAUAUUUUUACACAGGUUGAGCAUCCCUGGUCCGCACAUCCAAAGUCUAAAAUGCUGCAAAACAGCACCCCCCACGUGGAGCUUUGUUUCAUGUGCAAAGUCACUCAGAAUGCAGUGCGCGCCUGAGACCGCGCCUUGAAAAGCACACGAGCCACAAGCGAGUCCCGCCGCAGGCCUGGGCCUGUCGUUGCUCACGUGCGGAUAUUCCACAAUCUAGGAAAGUCCCAGCUCCAAAAUACCGCUCAUCCCAGGCGUCUCGGAUGAGGGAUACUCAAUCUGUGAAAUAUCCUAAUGAUGUAAAAUUUAAUAUUUAUGUUUGAAAUUAUUUAUUGUGUUGUAAUAUUUUUGUACGUAAAAUGAUUUUAUUGUGACUGCCUUUGCGCUCUUUUGUCCCUUGCAGUCCAGCCACUGCAUUUUACGUACCUACAUUGUAUGUAGUCCUGCGACAAAAGUGAUCCUUCAUUAUCACGGUACACUAUUGUUUACUUUUUAUCUGUAAAUGUUUUACUGUUACUUUUUUAAAAUCAUAUUUGUCUUUUAAAACAACCUAGCCAUCAUCAAGGUGCUACGAGAGUCAUGGAAGGGUCUUGUUGUCAUUCCGAGCAGAGUAUCAUGAGCCACUAAGUAAGCUAGUGAGUUCUCAGAUCUUACCAAGGAUGAACUGUAUUAAGUAUCUAUUCCAUUUCAUGGGAUCUCUGGGAAAAAAAAUGCUGCCGUGGUGCUAACAUUGUGUGGAUCUAGGUGAGUUCCAGACCCAAGUGUGAGGGCUGUGGAUACAAAGGAGGAAGGGAGGACAGCGUCCAGUGGACACGCCCCCGGAGAGUGCCCGCGCUGUGGGUCGCCAUGGCCUUUGGACACACUGC